CUGUGGUCCAAACAUUGUCAAAUUUGACAUUAAUGUUAAGCAGGCAAAAUGGUUAAAAACUCGAUAAAAGUAUAUGCUAGAAUCAGGAAAGAAACCGCAUCGAAAAAAGUUAAAUUAGAAAAUUAUAUAAUUUCAAGAUCUAACAAAGAACACGAGGAUUUGAUAUUUCACCACAGCAGCGAUGUGAGGUUCUCUUACUAUCAAUUCAGGUACCAUAAAAUAUUCGAUCAACUUUCGUCGCAGAAAGAAAUUUUUGAAAUGGUUGCUAAGCCUGUAGUGAAUAGCGUAAUAAAUGGAUUCAACGGAACUAUUUUCGCUUAUGGACAAACAGGCAGUGGUAAAACAUACUCAAUCACAGGAUGUCCGAAGAUUUACGAGAAUAGAGGAAUUAUUCCAAGAUGCAUUGAACAUAUAUUCGAAUAUCUGAGCAAGAACCCCGAAGCAUAUUCUAUUCAACUGUCGUAUUUGGAAAUAUACAACGAAAUUGGAUACGAUUUAUUGAAUCCAAAACAGAUGGCUUCGAAACUGGAGGAGUUUCCGCGUGUCAUAUUAUUAGAGGAUGGUAAAGGAGAAGCUCAUCUGAGAAAUUUGAGUAUCCAUGCUGUGUCUACGGAGAGAGAGGCCAUGAGGUUGCUUUUUCUUGGAGAUACUAACAGGACCAUAGCAGAAACUCCUAUGAACGAUUAUUCCUCCAGAUCCCAUUGUAUUUUUACUAUUUAUCUGACUAGUCGAUUAAAAAGAAAUAAUAAGACACUCAAAUCAAAGUUGCAUGUUGUCGAUCUUGCAGGUUCUGAACGUAUUGGAAAGUCGAGCAUCACUGGUAAUAUCCUGAAUGAAGCUAAGAAUAUCAAUUUAUCUUUACAUUAUCUGGAACAAGUAAUAACAGCUCUGUCCGUCGCCAAAAAACAUAUCCCCUUCAGAAAUAGCAUGCUGACCUACAUACUUAAAGACUCCUUAUGUGGAAAUUCAUUGACGACAAUGCUGGCUACGUUGACAGUCACGAAGAGUAAUAUAGAGGAAACAAUCAGUACAUGUAGAUUUUCCAAGAGAGUAUCGAUGAUAACAACACAUCCGAUCAUAAACGAGGAAGAGUUUGACUCUCAAAGAGAGAUCAACAUUCUACAAAACGAAAUUUGCGAAUUGAAGACUAAACUAUCGAAAUACGAAAGUGAAUCAAAAAGCGCAUACAACGAUCGUCAAUUACUGCAAGAAAAAAACGAGGUCGGCGUAAAUUCUCUGUCUCUUCCAUGUUACGUAACAAAGGCUGAAUUUUCUUAUUUGGGUAAAUACGAACGAGAUAGGUACAGAAAAAUUUUGGAUGAAUUUCUCAACUAUAAGAUGAACGUUAUCAAUUUGACUCCGACGGAAAUGAAGCAUUGUAUGGAGAUUAUGAGAGAAAUGUGUCUAGAUAAAGUAUCGAUCAGGAAUAUGGUGGAUGCGGUUCUCACUGAGAAGUCAGAUGUGAAAAAUGUAGAGAACAAAACUGUCAUGUCCGAUAAACUAAUGAUCAAAGAAGUUAUUCCUUCGCCAAAAAAAAUAAGGGAUUCAAAAUCGUACUUCAAUUUUGAUAGCUUAGAUGUGAAUAAAAUAUUAGAGCCAAAAGAUCGUCCUCCAACUGCUACAUCAGGAUUCAUCAGAAACAAACAUACGAAAGAAAUUAGGGAAUAUCAUGAAAAACUGAAGAAUGCCUAUGAAAAGGCUAAAUCUAAGGCAGAAGCAAUAGAGAAAUGCAGACAAAACAUAGUCAUCCUAAGGACGAAAAUGGAUCGACGUCAUAACCUUAAAAUUGGAGAACAGCUGGUUGGAGAAUUGUAUCGGCAGCAAGACAUUUACCGUAGGACUAUUUUGGAAUUGAGAGAAUUGGAAAAGGAGACCAGCCAUCUGAAAUUUGGCCUGCUCCAAUGCGAGAUGAGAAUGAGGAGAAGUAGCUCGAACAUUUUGGACUUUGCCAAUGUUGAAAAUGCUAUAGUUCCACCCGAUAGCUCUUUCACAACACCUUAUGAUCAGUUUUCAUAUAACAGUAACGUGGUCUUGGAUGAUAGCAGUUCCUAUCAUUAUACCCCUGAAGAUUAUAAUCGUCCAGAAAAAGAUGACGUUGGAAUCAAAACUUUAUUCACAGCAGAAGACCUUAAUUGUUUAAACUCGCUAGAAGAUUCAGAGCAAGCAGGACGAACAUCCUCUUCUUUUCUUGAACUGCUGACAGAUGUGAGUGGCACUUUAGGAAAAGAACUAUUAGGUCCAAUGCCGGAAAAAGAAGAAUCGUCAGUAAAAAAUUGGUACACCAAUGGCUGUAGGUCUCACAAAGAAACCAAUUAUCUCAGUUCUGAUCUUCAAGAUCUGAAUGACAUUUACCCAGUGAAUAGGGUUGGAAGAUUUGAUGUUGUACAAAACCAAAAACAAAAAAGCGCAAGUAUUCGAGGAAAUUCUUCAAAAAGCAUUGGAAUAAGCAGGAAACCCAAUUCAUGUUCCACUUCGGUUCCAAGCAAAACAUAUACAACCUCCGAACAGUUACUGGAUUUCGACUAUGAUCAAAAUCAAAUUGGGAAAUGUUCUGAGAUUCAAAGAAAUUUGGUUGGAGUAAACAGAAAACCUGAGUCAAAAAUAUUUCCAAAUUUAUUGCCAAAAGAAAGUUCUUCUGCCCCUGAUCGGUUAAGGGACUUCAAUUAUAACCGCGAUCCUGAAUGGAGCAGUAAUAGAAGUGCUCCAGAAAAUAAUCUUCACAAACUUGGAAAAACUGAAGAAUUCUUGAAAGAAAGCGACUCACCUCAUUUCAAGGAAUUCAUGAAAUCUGUUCCACUGACAGGAGAUAAAGAGGUUGACGAAGAAAUAAUGAGUUUCUACAGAUCUAAAUUCAAGAAUUGAUGGUUCAUCACCAACUCCAAUGGAUAACAUUUUAUUGAAAAAGAUUGUAAACGUUACAAAAACAAAACAUAUAAACUAAAAUAUUUAGGGACAUUCAAUGUUUUCAAUGGUUGGGUUUCCAAUCAUAAUUGGUUUCAGGAUUGAGAUUUUGUUCUUUCUCACUAUGCCAACAGUUUCUGUCUGGCCUCCACUAUGGCUCAAAGGAAGUGACAUUUUGAAUAAGUGAGUUCCAGGUAGCUCUGCAGAUAGAUGACGUCUAAAUCCUUCAACACCUGCAAACAUUUAUUGCAUUUAAUGUUUUAAGGUUAACAUGUAACUUUUUGAAUAAUACAUUACCUCUAUAGCGAUA